GCCAUCAGUCAUGUUGUGAGUUUGUUUUGAGGUUUUCCACUGAAAGGAUGCAUGUUUUCCUCACAGGACACAAGCUGAAAUGUGAAAUGUGUGACAUGUGGAGGUGAAAGCCACAGCUGAGCGUUUCCCUGCAGGUGGAAAGUGAAAUAGGUGCGUCGUGCUAUAAAUGAGCUGCUGCUCCAGCAGAACAGCAGGACUCAUCCCAUCCCAGCUCCAUCCACUCAGAGACAAGCUGCAUGUGUGUGAAGAUGCUGAGCAGGAUGUUCUGUGCUCUCCUGUUGGUGGCUCUGCUGGGUUCAGGCUGGUCGCUGAGCUGCAGAUGGAUGGAGGAGAAGUUCAGACAGCACAGUGAGGACCUGCUGGAGCUGCUGGACACCAUGGGGAAUAAUUCCACCAACAUCACUGAGGCUGAAGAUCAGAACUCUGUGGUCUUCCCUAACAAGCUGUACAGCCAGAAGUCCAACGCAUCGGAUGAGGACAAACUGGCGUUCGUGGUCCAGGUCCUGCAGGAGGCGGCCGCCCUGUUUGAGGAGGAUCACAGCUCGGCAUCAUGGGAGGAGAGCACAGCGGAGAACUUCCUCAAUCUGCUCAACAAACAGGCGGACGAACUGAGCUCCUGCAUCGGGAGCCAGAAGAAGAAGAACACCAAGCUGCACAUGUACUUCAAGAGACUCUCAGUGCAGGUCCUGAAGAAGAUGGGCCACAGUGCUGAAGCCUGGGAGCUGAUCAGGACGGAAACGGAACUUCAUCUGAUGAGAGUUCAUCAACUGGCUUCAUCUGUGAGCAGCAGCGACUGAAAGGAUGCGUUCACUCAUUCAUCUGUUUAUUUAUUCAAUUCUUUCUCUAUUUAUUAGUUGAUCACUUCAUUUUUCUGUCUGUUCACUAAAAUCAGUCACAUGAACAGCGUGCUAAUCUAUUUAUUUCUCUAUUUAUUUAUUUAUUGCUUAUUUAUGAACCACUAAUUUGAAAUAUAUUCAGUAAAAGAGAAUAUUCUUACAUGGUUUAAUGUUACAGACAAUAAAAACAGCUUUCUCCAGCAGAUGGAAAUGUGUUUAUUGUUUUUAUUCCUGUCGCAUAAAGAAAAUUCAUGCAGAUUUCUGACAUUAAACAACAUGAACAAGCAGUUCUUCAUUUUGUCUUUGUAGCCUUUAAUCUUAAAUGUAUUGUAGGAAUGAAGUAGAUAUCAAACUGUCUAAUGAGC